AAAAAAAAAAAAAAAGAAAUUGAAAAUCAUACCUAUAAAAACACCUUUCCUCUUCCCCCUCACAAACAGUACUACAAUCUCAAGGUUCACAAACAGGUCUCACAGAAGAAGAAUAACAAGAAGUUUACAAGAAGUCUUCAAGACAAAUCCUUUUUGGGUUUUUGGCUUUUGUCUAUUGGUCAUCAAUCAGUUCAGGAUAAAGGGUUUUUGCUGAUUUAGCUUUUUGCUGAAGAACUUGGGUUCAUUUUGGCAUCUGGGCUGGUUUUUGGAUUGCUUUCUGAAGUUUUGAGAAAAGGGAACUUUUUUUUGUUGAAGAAAUGGAAGGCCUUGUGGCACAUAAUAAUGAUCUGAAUCUUAAGGAUACUGAGCUCAGGUUGGGGCUUCCAGGAUCUGAUGAAUCUGAUAAUCAGAAAGAGGAAUCAGUAUCUUCAUGUGUUAAGAACACCAACAACAAGAGAAGCUUGACUGAGUUGGCUGCAGAGGACAGCUCUGCUUCUAAAAAGAGCCUAGAUGUUGUUGAGAGCAAACCUGCUGCAAAAGCACAAAUUGUGGGUUGGCCACCAGUUAGAUCCUACAGGAAAAACAGUUUCCAGCUGAAGAAGACAGAAGCUGAACAGUCUGGUUUCUUUGUUAAAGUGAGUAUGGAUGGAGCUCCAUAUCUAAGGAAGAUUGAUCUGAAAGUGUACAACAAUUAUGCAGAGCUCCUCAAAGCUUUGGAGAACAUGUUCAAACUCACAAUUGGUAAGAAUAUUUCUAUGAAUAUCGCAGUAUUCUUCGUUGAAGCUGUUUACUGUUUGUGCAAAUGUCUGACUCAGAACUUUUUUUUUUUAUCUGGGCCUUAAUCAGGUGAAUACUCUGAGAGAGAAGGUUACAAAGGGUCUGAAUAUGCACCUGCAUAUGAAGAUAAAGAUGGUGACUUGAUGCUUGUUGGAGAUGUUCCAUGGGAGUAAGUUCCAAAAACUCUGUUUUUCAUUAACAAUUUCUCAUGUUUUUUUGGCGUCGAAAAAAUGCCCUGUAAAUUAACCAGAGAACUAAUUUAUUUGCUUUACAAUUUUGCAGUAUGUUCUUGUCAUCCUGCAAGAAACUCAGAAUCAUGAAAGGAGCUGAUGCCAAAGGCCUUGGUGUUGGGGCAUAGUAAAUGCUCCCAAAUUUGGACCAAAAAACCUGAAAAGGAAGCAGAAGAGAAAAGAGUUAACCUCUCUGGGGGAAGAGAAGGAUAACAUGUUUCUCCUCUCAUCAAAAAGCUUGGGUUCUCGAAGAUAAGAAGAAAUUUUUGUUGAUUUUCAAAAGCCUUCUUGUAAUCAAAAAGACUAGGAGAAAAGUUAAAUUAUUAAACAGAUGAAAGGCUUUUUUAUUAUUACAAACUACAGUUUUUCUUUGUUCUUUCUUUCUCUUUUUAGGUUUAUCAUGCAGUGACCAAAAAAAAAAAAAAAACCAGGGUGGUUUUUUCAGAUCUCUGUAACGUCUGUGUUCUUUUCUGCUGCUUACUGUAAUAAUCUGUUAAGACAAAAACUUAAUAUAUGAUGUUUUGCUUCUGUAAAGAAAGAUUUGUAGAGGGACUUGAUUUGAUCCUUGCUACAUGAAUUUGCUUUUGUUUUUCUUCACACAAAUUUAUAGUACUAUUCUAGUAUUCUUUCAUACAUCACUUAUUUCUUGUCAGAUAAUACGAAC